AUCAGUGGUUGUAGAAGCAAUCUGCACACUGUGCAGAGAUCGAAAAAAUAUUACCCAGUAUAUUUGAUCCCAUAUGGGUAAUAAUUCUAUAUAAAUAUGGGUAAUAAUUCUAUAUAAACAGAGAUGCCAACCAUUCCGGAUUUUGCGGAAUUAUCCCGAAUUUUAGGUUGAAAUUACGCAUUACGAAUCGAGACAAAAAAAUUCCGGAAAAAAACCCCGAAAUUGGUAUUGAAACUUUUGUGGGAACAUUUUACACAUACACCGGCAGAAAAUGGAUCUUUACACGGGGGGUUUAGUAAACAGUUACACCGGUGGAAAAAUGGCGUCUUGUUCAAAAAAGCCUCGUGUUUUACAGAAGUAUAAACACGAGUACACUGAACUGUUUCCUGUUUUGAAACAGUCCAAAGUGAAUGAAUAUCAUAUUUUCUGCGAGAUUUGUAACACAGACUUUAAUGUGUCCCAUGGUGGUCGAGAUGAUUGCCGACGUCACGUAAAUUCAAAAAAACAUGUCGAAUUUGCAAAAAUCAAAUCGUCAAACAAAACGGUGAUACCAUUUUUUAAGCAGUCAUCCGACUUUCCGGUGAUUCGAGCAGAAUGUUAUUUUGCUAGUUUUCUUAUUGAACACAAUGUUCCACUGACCUGUACCGAUCACGUUGGACCGUUAUUCAGAAAAAUGUUUCCAGAUUCAGCCAUUGCUAGUAAAUACGGUUGUGCCAGAACGAAAACUGCAAACAUUAUUCAAACCCUGGCUAGUGAUUCGACAUCAAGAAUUGUUACACAAAUGAUAAGUGGACCAUACUCCCUAGCUACUGAUGGAAGCAAUGAUGCAGAUUCUCAGUUGUAUCCUAUUGUUAUUAGAUACUUUGACGAUAGUCUUGGCCAUGUUGUGACGGUUUUGUUAUCAGUACCAUCUUGCACUGAUGGGUGUACAGGUGAAAACAUUUUUCAUUUGGUUGACAAUGAACUUUCUAAAAGAAGUAUUCCGUGGGCAAACUGUGUAGCUUUUGGGUCAGAUAAUGCAAGUGUCAUGACCGGCAGACACAAAGGUGUUAUUGCUUUCAUUCGUGAAAAGCAACCACAUGUAUUUUUACAAGGAUGUCCCUGUCACCUGGUACAUUUGGCUGCUGAAAAGGCAUCUAAAGAAUUGCCUGUGUCUGUUGACGACUUUCUUAUUGAUAUAUUCUACUAUUUGGACAAGAGUGCCAAACGUUUGCAAGAUCUGAAAGAAUGUCAGUCCUUGUGUGACACUCCAGCCCACAAAAUCUUGAAGCAUGCUACUACUAGGUGGCUUUCCUUGGGAAAGUGUGUUGGACGUUUACUUGAGCAGUGGAGUGCACUUGAAAAAUUUGUGAAAAGGCAAUUUGAGAAACACCUGAAAAGGAGUUCUAAAAUGAGUGGCAGUGCCACACGCAGUAAUGUUCCAUGUUCUAGGAGUUCUGUUGCAAAGCAGAAGUGUGGAAUUAGUCAGUCUAAUGACAGUUCAAAAUGCAAGCAAAGCAGUGUGUCAUCUGGCAAAAACAAUAGUGUGUCAGUCCAGUCUAAAGAUAGUUCUAGUAGUGGCAAGCAAAGCAGUGUCUCAGUACAGUCUAAAGGUAGUUCUAGCAGUGCCAAGCAAAGCAGUGUGUCAGUACAGUCUGAAGAUAGUUCUAGUAGUGGCAAGCAAAGCAGUGGGUCGGUCCAGUCUAAAGGUAGUUCUAGUAGUGGCAAGCAAAGCAGUGUGUCAGUACAGUCUAAAGAUAGUUCUAGUAGUAGCAAGCUCAGCAGUCUGUCUGGCAAAUCCAAAAGUGAAUCACAAUUUAGAUUGAGUAAUAUAUCAAGGCUGGAAAGGUUACACAUCUUUUUCAGUGACCCUCUGACAAAACUCUACUGUUUUUUUAUGAAUGAUGCCAUCCCCAUUUUUGACAAGAUUAAUAUCUUGCUUCAAAGGAAUGAACCAUGUAUCCACAUUUUAAGAAGAGAACUGUUGUCAUUACUGACUGACAUUUAUGUUAGGUUUGUGACACCAAAUGCUGUUGCUUCCUGCAAGGAUGUACUUCAUUUAGAGCAUAAUGACAAGAGAAACCAAAGAGACAAUUCAGAAGUGUUUAUUGGACGAGAGGCUAGACAAUAUUUGCGCACGUUGGAAGAAGCAGAUGCAGUUAGCAAAGGAGAGAUUGAUAUAUUCUUCGAGUCUGUCAGAAGAUUUUAUUCGGCAGCAUGUACUUACAUAGUCAGCAAAUGUCCACUUGACAGUGAGCUUCUGCUGUGUGCUGAAGUUGCUGAUGUUAGUCUCAGGAAAACUGAGCAGUUUUCCUCAGUUGAGUAUUUUGUCAACAAGUUCCCCAGUUUACUUGGUGGCAGAAAAAUGGAUGAUUUAGAAAUGGAGUUUUUACACUACCAAGUGGACACAUUCUCCACUGAGGUUACUCACAAUAAUGUCACUGACAGUUUAGAGAGAAUUGAUACCAUUUGGAAUAACAUAGGACAUCUGACAAGUGCUGAUGGUAAUCCUAAAUACGGUUUACUGACAAAUGUUAUGAAACAAAUUUUGGUUAUUCCACAUAGUAAUGCUGACAGUGAGAGAAUUUUUAGCACAGUUAGAAAAAACAGAACUGAGUUCCGACCAAACUUGUCUGAUGAGCAGUUGUCAGCUUUGCUAGUACAGAAGUUCAGCAUGCUUGCUGCAGAUGUUCUUUGCCACGAAUUAAGUUUUACUGAUGAUUUGCUGAAGAAGGCCAAGUCAGCAACAUAUCAGUCAUUGAAGAAGUAAAGCCGCCAUAACCAGCAGUCAUGCCAGAAACAUGUUUAUUUCACUGUAAAUAAAGGUACUAUACUUUAAAAAAAUGUUCAGUUGUCAUCUCAGGAUUUAGUUCACAUGUAGUGAUAAAGAAUGUAAAGAUUCCUGAAAAUACUAUCAUAUUCCUGAAAAUGGCUUUUAAGAUUCCUGAAAACCGUUUCGACAUGUUGGCAUCUCU